AUGUCUGUAUUGUUGAAACAUACCAUUGACUAUUCUCGGGUGCCUAAAAUCAACGAGUCUGAUUUAGUCGAACAGUUCGUCAGAGGAGGAGGACCAGGGGGCUCUGCUGUAAAUAAAAACGCUAAUUGUGUAGUUUUGACACACAGUCCCACAGGCACAGUUGUCAAAUGCCACAUAAGUAGAUGUCAAGAUGAAAACAGAAAACUUGCUAGAGAAAUGUUGAUUGGUAAAUUAGAUGAGAUUUUGAACGGGGAAGAUAGUAUAGAAGCCCAAAAGAAGCGCUUAAGAGAAGUAAAAGUGAAAAAAAAAGAGUACAAGAAAAAUAAACUGGCUAAAUUGAAAGAGGAAUGGAAGAAACGAGAAGGAUUAGUA